AUGGUCAUUUACAUCCCCGACAGCGAAUCGCCCAACGACUUAACAAAAGGCAAGUACAAGAUCACCCGGAACAUCCGGGUAGACGAGUCGUUCACGCCCAAGGGACGCGUCGACAGCGGGCCAUCACUAGCGCCUCCGAUCGUCGCGGGGAGUGAACGCCCCCAGGCAAAGGACGUGAUACUCUUCCGAGUCCCUGCCAAAGCUAAACCGGGUGACGUGCUCGAUGUCACCUCGCCCAAGACGGGUAGAAGCGUGCAAAUACGCGUCGCCGAGAGGAUGUACCCAGAAACAUACUGGACGGCGUACGACACGACCAUCCCGAACGCCGACGACGCUGUCUUUGGCACAGCGCAAUCGAUAAUCGACGCGAGCGCUGAUGGAGCCGACGCUGGGAGCACCACUGCACCCUCGCGGGGCCUUCCCACAGAGGGGGUGCUAGUCGGCGGCAAAAGCAAGCAGCUCAAGAAGAUAUCCAAGCGCGCUCGCAACAACGCCAUCAAGGGUGGCCCCGUCAACAGCCCGUCGUCUAACCCGACACUUCCACCAACCUGGGUGACAGCUGUUCCAGGGGGUGGCCCCGCCUCCGGGGACGAUGUCACCUGGGCAACUCCGGUUCCACCGCCCAGGGUGACCGCUGUGCCCGGAGGGCCCAAAGGUACUGACGUGACUUGGGCGAGCGUCGCUGGGCGCCAUGACAGCCAGCAGCCUACACCCCAAGCCUCGGCUGAGGGGGUGGACGGCGCGCAGCUCGUGACUGCGAACAUGACGCAUACAAUGCGCAUGCACAGGACAGACUUCGAGGAGCUCAGUGAGGCUCUCGAAGACGGUGACGAGGAAGCGAUCGAGCAGUUCAUCACCAAGCAGAAGAUUCUGCCCUAA